ACGGGAAAUCAGUCUGAUUCAUUUAAUGAAAUCAAUAGAAAGUAUAAAAAGAGUACCUUUACAAUAAUAGUUGAAUAUGUCUCUUUUCUUCGCUCUAUACUUGAGCCUUUUCGUGUUGACGUUGUCGGCUGAUUCGGUCGCUGGCAUUUCCCUUCACCAACUGGAAAAUCAAAGACAUAGCAAUGUUGAAAUGAGGGAGCUUUUGGAAUCCAAAGAUAAUCAACAGAAAGCAUUGAAGCAAAAGAAUGAAAUUUUGCAAAACCUGGUGAUCACUUUGAAAAUCGAUGAUCAAAAUCAGAUGCAGUUUCUAUAUGAUCUGUUCGUAAAAGCAGGAACUACAGCGAAACCAAGGACCAUUACCGUCAAGCGAGCCCCAACUACCGCAAGGUCUCUUGGUGACAACAUCCCUGUUUAGCUAGACUCACCCUAGGCUCCAUUCUAUGCUAAUUCAUUUCACAUAAAUUUUACUAAAUUACAACUAAAAUUUUUUAACUCUAGUUGUAAAUUCAAUAAACGAAAAAAAUACAAUUAGAAAACUACAAA